UACUUGGAUGGAUUCUGGGGAUAAAGAAAUAAAGUGAUUUGCAGAAUACCCGAGUUGAUUAACAGCUGGAGACAAUGGCUGGAUUUCCCGAACUAAAACCUCAGAUGGAAUCCAUCUUCGCUGAGGUGGAGAAAUGUCUCCCUUCAAUUGAGAACCUUUCUGAUAUCGAUUCUGACUCGGAAGAACCUGAAAUAUUUCAUCGGAACAUCGAUAGCCUCUAUUACCUGUCUGAUGAUGACAAAGACUUUGACACUAGCAUCAGCGGAGAAUCGCUGAACGACAAAAACAGUGUCUCCGACACGCUUCCAUACGACAAUGACAUAGCCUUUCUGCAGACCAAGGCGGAAAACAACAGAAAUGAGCUGGGCAGUUUUAAAAUGGUCCAGAGUAAUUCAAGUGUUGAUACAGGUUUUACAUCCAGCUGGAACGACCUCGAAGAAGAUUACUUAAGGGACAAAUAUCAAAAUCUAGAAAAAACGUCCAAUUUGCAGAAUUUAGCUCAGGUGGGGAAAAAUGCUGAGGCAGAAACACAUUCUAUUGAAACAUGCACAGACGUAGAUGAAGACUUUAUACGUGAAUGUCAGGCACUUCGGGAGAAAUUUGCACAAAGGGAGAAUGUUGUAUCAGUUGCCUCCCCUGAAGGUCAUUCACAUUCAUCCGAUUGUGUGAAUCAGAACGUGUGCCCUGCGAAGACGAGACGGAAAGCAGAGAAGGAGAAACAGAGGAAACGAGACAAAGAGAUUGCAUCACAGUUCAUAUCUCCAACAGCUCCUACUCUGUCUCUCGAUCUACUUGAACAAAUAGAUUUAGAUGUUUUGUUGGAAACGUUAUCUGAAGACAACCAAUAUGGCCCACGAAAAGAACUGACGUGGCUGGACGAACCGUUGCCAUCGGUAACCAAGCUUGACAGAGGAGAUGGUAAACCACCGGUGCCUCAAGAUUCAUUCGGUGAUGGCACCACUCUGCUGGAGAAGUUAGCCAAGCUGUCUGUGUCGCAAGGAGCGGAAGAUCUAACCAUCGACCCGUACACCGGAGCCUUGAUUGGCAGUCAACUGAUUGAGAAUACUCCGUCAAAAUGGAAUUCUCCUGAAAAAGGUGCCAAACCUACUGAACCAAAGUCUGUUUCCAUGGGAACCAAUACAUCUGACUUGCCGCAGGCUUCUCCAGUAACUAAACCAGCUGUAGUCUCUUCACUUGAUCCUGAACCGGAAACCGUAUUUAUUGACCUGCGAGACUUUGAGAAACAUAAGAUGGAAGAACAGCAAAGUAUCGAAAGAGUGCAGAGGAUUCUGAGAAUCAAACCAAAAAGCUCUGCGAUGAGUGAUUCCGAGGAUGAAGAUGACUGGCAGGAGGAGCGGAAACGAUUGAAGCAAGCUCUCUCGUCAAGAAGUGCAUCAGAUGAAAGUCUGCCACCAAAACCUAAACCGAAACUAUCCAGAUCAUCAAACAUGAAGAAACCGCAGAGGGUGAUCCACAUGAAGAAAAAGUCCCCAAUUACUGAGUCUCUGUUCUUUGACGACAUCACUGAUGAGUCGUGUUUGUCGGAGUUCGAUAUUCUAGAAGCUCAGAAAGAAAUCGCUAAGAGAAUUGAGAAGGAGAAACAGAUGGAAGUGGCAAGGAAAUUACAUCAGCAGAGGGAGAAAGAAAGAGAGUCUCGGUUGCGGCUGGCUCGAAGAAUCGAGGCCAUUCGUCCGUCUGCUUCGGUCAGUGGUCGACACAACUGCGCUGAAGCUACACCAAUUAUAUAUGACCUGGAAGCUUCUUACGAACCUGCUCCCCGCACCUUGCCAGCAGUUAUCUCCCCUGAUCAGGAAUGCUUGCUCUUGACGAUCAACUUGUCGAGUAAUGGUGAGAUAGUUCUGCAUCGAAACAAGACAAACAAGAGUGUGGAUACAGGAUGUGGACUUUCUGCCAGCUACACGAGUCUCCUCACCUGGCUGCUCUCCCUUGUUCCAAACAACUUUGAUUUCCUCCAGGACUCGGGGGUGAAGCCGGUGGAGGAAGUGAUGCAUUUCCCGCCGUUCCACGUGAUUGGCCUUCAGCAGAUGUGGCUGGAAGAGCAGCUGUGUCUCGCGGUGGCCGUGACUCCUGCGGAACAGUUCGACGCCAAGUUUGUGCCAGUUAAAGUGAAGAAAUCUAAGGUUAGAGAUGAAGUGAAGGACAGCUCUCCGUUCAUGCAACUCUUGACGAAAUAUCUCUCAACAAACAACCUGCACGACGUCUGUCCCUGGCUGGGGGCGCUCGUUUCUAUGGAGGUCACCUCGGCCAAGAAAGACAACUCUGGCACUCCGUCCUACCAGUACGCACCUCCGUUGCCGAACAUCACGACCAAACCACUGUCAACCUUCAUCCACGUGAACCCCGACCCGGCUGGGGCACACAAAGUCUUCAACACGGCCGUCGGGUUUUACUGGCAGACAGUCGACAGCGACGACGGAUAUUACGAAAUUGAUGCCCACGACCAACACGUCAAUUACGAGACACAGAACACAAUGUCGUUGAUCUACAAGAAGAUAUUCCUUGACCCCCAAGCCCUGAUGGGAAUUUUAAACCGGGUGUUGCAGGAAGGCUUGGAUUUGGCCGGCGUCCGUCUGUUGUAUCCAACCCCCGAGCUUCUGGGUGUGAAAACUGUCGACAAUUCCAAGAAGGAGAGUGACAUUGACCUGCUCAACAACAUCGGCCCGGUGCUUGCGAUCGCAAUCCGGGGGACAUUUUCACGCACGAUUUGGCUUGAUGCCGUCGGACCAUCUGAUCCUGCACUCGCUCGCAGGACUGAUCCGAAUUCGCUGUGUGCCCAGUUCGGUGGAAGUUCCCGAGACGAAUGUUUAUUCUUCACCCCGCGGAACCCGACGCGGAUUCACACAGAGCUGAGUACGUGGUUUGGAGGUCGUGUUCCACCAGGUGGUGUCAUCGAUGUGGGCACGCCGUACACAUUGAAGGAUAACCUUCGCAGUGGGAGUCCAAAAGGCCGACGGGGGAAGAGGGUUUCUUACGCCGAUACGGAGAGAGACAGAGAUCAUCUGCCGUCUCACAGACCUCCUGCGACUUUGACAGCCACAACGAAGAGUGACAUCUUCUUAGUUAUGUCACCCAUCGUUCCAGUAAGGAGUAUUGGGUUGCUAAUGGCAACAUGUCAGAGGCGAGGGUACCAGAUUCGAGGAGUGAAAAGACUCAAGUUGACGAAGAAAAGAUCGGGAUCCAUGGGUAUUGGAACCGAAGAAAUGUCGGCCUUCUGUCCUGGUGUUUCACUUGAAACGACUGAACCACAACAGGGAAGAAACCAGGAGGCCUUGUUUCCAUCGAUGGUGAUGAUCCUACAGAAGGAGAACUCGUCACACAAUGCGGCGAGUCUCAUCGAGUCCUUCAUGAUCCAGAUGACUCUGCAGGGAGUCCUCAAUGAUGUACAAUACUUCCCGGGUGGAUCAAUGUUCCAUGCAGCUACCUUCUCAGAAGGACUCCUCAAUGCCCUGGGUGGAGAUUUCAAUAAGUGUCCUGAAUACGAACUGCAGCGAGGCUAUCUUGUCCCGGCUAUCCACACCAACCCGGAACUGGAACAGGUCUCCAUCUUGCUGCUCCUGGGUCAUGACAUUCUCAAGUCUUGUGGCCUCUUUAUUGGAAAAAUCUUGAAACUGGUGCCACAUAGUAAAACUCCAGUUAUCUCCCCUUUCGACGAUGGGAUUGAGUUGCUUGGUUUGAAGUGGCUUCCAGCACUGAAGAAAUCACAGGCGAAGGAAGUGACGCCAUUUGAAGUUGGAGAUAUUCCUUGGAAAGAAAGCAUAAAGAAUCUUACUUCAGAACCGGUGUUGGUUUUAGCAUUGAGGGGUGUGAACAUCUACAAACGGCUGUCGGUCAUAGUUCCGACACGAGUGAGCGAGACCGUGCAACAGAAUCUCGCCAAACCGAUAGACAAGCUGAUGUCGCAGACAGUCGAUGAAGCAUACACCUACGCUCGUUUGUUCUUCACCGCUCAUGACCUGCACUGUGACCCUUCGUCACGACCUUUGUUACCUUACCUGCCAGAGUCAACGCUUCACAGCAGUUUUAUUAAGGAAGAUGGGUUUCUAGACCUGAAGGCUGGAAUACUGGAUGAGCCUUGUGAGGAGAACAUUCUGGAGGAGAUACUAACCGGACCGCAGCCAUUCACGUCCACCCUGGUGGUCAAACCGUCGGCCGUCCGCAAACAUCUCGCCAAAAUACUGAAGAAAGUCAAACAGGAAGAUUUCAGAAUCGUGGGUCUAUGUCUGCAGGUUUUAGAUGAGACGUUGGCGUCAUCGCUCUUACCACCAGAAAUCAGUGAGGAUGUGGAGUUGUGUGAGCAGCACAUGACUCACUUGACGUUGAGUGUGAGCCUGUGUCUGUGUCUGCAGCGCGAGAACGCCGUCAAGAAACUGGUGGAUCUCCUUGGACCGACCGACCCGCAGAGUGCCAGACGACACAGUCAGUUCUUGUGGCGCGGAGUCUUCGGGACAGACACUGUCGCCAACGGGCUUCAUAGUUCUGCAAACUACAAGAAAGCUAUUUAUGAACAAAAAUUGUUUUUCCCCGAUGGCCUCUGCUGCCAGAAAACUGAAACAUUGGAAUUGGAAGGAAUUACCUGUCCUGCUGUUGACAGUCAGAUUGACGUGAUGUUUUAUAAGAACCGAGGCAUAGAACUCCACCACAAACCUCACACAUCAGACAGCACAGACAACUCAACACAAGAUGUGCAUGAGUUGCUACUGCAGACGACGUGUCUGGUGUUGUCACCAUCAAUGAUGUCGGGUGGAUCGCGAGACGGCCGGCCGGGAUGUGCGGACGUACUCGAUAUGUUACUCAGUCAUGGUUUUGAGCUGUAUGCUGCGAGAAUGGUGUGGUUUACCAGGCCUCAGGCCGAGCAGUUCCUACACAUCAUGGACGUGGGCAACUUCAGACAGGUUCCCUUGUUGCUGUCAGGACCGAGUGUUGUUCUUGUUCUAGAGAGAGACAACGCUGUACUCGCCUUCGACACCAUUCUUAGAGGGACUGUGUCUGCUGACAGUUUGCUCAAGCAAUGUGGAGAGGACAUCUAUAAACCUUCAUCACUUCAACAAUCACAUCGUCUCGUUUCAUUCUUCUUUGAUCACCUGAUGCCUGGAAGUCAGCUAAAAAUAGUCUCAAAAUAGUCAUGUGACCAGAUGGAUGGAUCACAUGAUCAGCCAAAAUAGAUGGAAACUUCCAUUUUCGUGGCAUUCAGUUUUGUUUUUCUAUCCUGUUUGUUGUAUAAACAGGGCUAUGUAUUGAUCUUAAUAUUUUCACUGGUGUUUGUUAAAUGAGAGGUCUUGUUACGUGGCAUGGAAGUGUUCGAUAAGUGUCGAACAAGAAAUGUGGAGUUCAGAUAUGGAAGGCUGUAUUACUGUAUAGGAAAUGUUUCCAUGGUGACGUAGGAUAGUGGUCAUAUUACAAGAAAUGUGUACAGUGUUAAGAUAUGGAUAUAUGGAAGGGUGUAUUAUUGUACAAGAAAAUUAUCUGUGAUGUAUGAUGUAAAAAUAUUUUGUAAAUGGUAAUUUGGUACGAAAGAUUUCCUGUGAUGUGUUGCUGCAUUAUGGAGAUAGUUUGUGGGAGUUAUUGUUGACUGUAUUAUAAUAUUUUGGUAUAGUGGUUAUGAAUUUGUGAUAAUACCUUUCCAAAUCAGCAAACAUAAGUAGUCCAUAAGAUAUGAUUUUUAGCAGAACCAAAAAAAUGUAAGCCCUCAAAAAUGAAGGAUUUCUCAAUAUUAAGAUUGCUCAAGGUGAAGAAUUGUCAAAAAAGAAAUGCAAUGAAACCUCUUAAGACUGGACCCUCUGUAAACUGGAAUUGUCUCAAAAACCGGACGUUUUACAGUUCCUUUUCAAAAUCCAGGACAGAACUUAACCUCUCUAAACUGGAUCCCUCUUUUAACCAGACAUUUGUCUUGGUCCCAAGGGUGUCCGGUUUAGAGGGGUUACACUGUAGUUGCAGAAAAGAGGGCUUCCACACAAGCAAACACACAUGCACGCACACACACACACAGACACACACACACACACACACACACACAGACACAUACACAGGCACACACACACAA